AUGAAGUUCCUUAUCCUCUCCAUCUUGUGCCCUUUUGCUAUCGCUUCGGACUUGAAGUUGAAUGCUCAUCCCGGCUAUGACCUAUCCCUUCACUAUCAAAGAGCUCCUUUCUUACCAUCCGACAUUGCUGAUGUAUGCGAGAAAAACGGAGGAAAGCCAGGCGUCAUCCAAAGCGAGCACAUUAACGGAUUGAUUGUUGGUAUGUCACCACUAAGCUUGACUUAAAUGUCGGUUGCUAGCCGCGCCAAAGUUUUCAGGCCCAGAGUUAUGAAGGCAUAAAAAUUGUAGAGGGCUUAAAAUCACGAUUUGCAGCAGAUACUCCGGAGCUUGAAGGUUUGGUGGGAGCACAGAUCCCGUUUUUCCAAAUCGGAUUGUAUGCCCAAGACCAGCAACUCAAAUGGUUCGACGACAGAGUCUCAUCCAACUACACCAACUUCCCGCAGGGAUUCGAAAUCCCGUCCGGCCGCGUUUACUUCGCGCUCGAUCCCCACGGAACCGACGGUCGUCAGCCCGGAGAAUGGUUCGCGUUGCCCGCUGAACAGGGAAGCACUGGUGCAAUCUGUGGACAUAUUUAUUGA